CGCAGUGGGUGAGAGAGAGAGAGAGAGAGAGAGAGAGAGGAGAGAGAGAGAGACAGAGAGGGGGAGGAUGGGAGAGAGAGAGAGAGAGAGAGGGAAGCGGAGGUUAGCUCUGCUGGUGCUGCCUCAUCCACAACCGAGGCGAAGGACAUCUUCUCAUCUGCACUCACGGAUUUUGUUUUUCUACAUUUCCUCUCUUCAGCCUGCUCAGCUUUUUAAUUCACAUUUUUUUUAAACCUUCUCCUUUUUCUUGUCUUGGGUAUAAUGAGCUCCAGCCUGCUGGAAAACCCCGUGCAGGCGAUUCUGUACCUGCGAGAGCUCACCACCAUCGUCCAGAACCAGCAAAGUCUCAUCCAGACCCAGCGCGCACGGAUAGAGGAACUGGACCGGCGGGUCGACGAGCUGAUUGGCGAGAACAGGCACCUGCGGGACGUCAAAGUACAACAGCAUCCUUACCAUCACCACCAUCAUCAUCAUCACCUCGACUCCGGCUGCCUUCAUCACCACCACCACCCGCAGGAGCCUCAGCUCAAGAGUACUUUGGGGUCUGUGCCAGAUCAUGACGCUCCGUGCGCACAUUCCGGGGCGUCUCCGGGAGUCCAAUCUAUGGACGCAGGAGACAUGCAGCUCGUGCCGGCCGACCCGUCCGCGAUUUCCCCGGUGGAAAGUGACCAAGAAAACGGCGGAAGUUGUCCCAGCUGCCGCUCCUUGGUUCCUCUGACCCCCACGAACCUUUGUCGGUCUUUGGCCCUGGCUCGUAAAUCAGAGAGUGAGACGGUGCUGCAUCAGUUCUGUUGCCCCGCCCCUGAACACACAGAGGCCGACACCACCGGAUCAUCCGGCGGACAGAUGCUGAGCCUCGAGGAUGGAACGUCCUCCCGCCAGCAAGAAGUAGAGGGAAACAAGAGAGAGGGACCCAGCGAGUACGAGAUCACCCUGGAGAAUAAAAACAAACAGAUAGAAGAGUUGGAGCAGAAAUAUGGAGGACAUCUUAUAGCGAGGCGUGCAGCCCGUCGUAUCCAGACGGCUUUUCGUCAGUACCAACUCAGCAAGAACUUCCAAAAGAUACGCAAUUCCCUGUCAGAAAGUAAGCUGCCCCGACGCAUUUCCCUGCGGCAUCCCAGUCCUUCAGGCCGAAACAGAAACGCAACCCAGAGACACAGCUACAAUCUACAUCCAGGAGGAGGCCAGAUACCCAUACGGUCCAAAACGCCACCUCCGCCACCUUGUCGCUCCACCUCUCUGCCCCCUUCUCCUGCAUCUGCACCUGCUCCUGCUCCCGGUCCUGCUCCCGCCCCUAGUCCGCCUCCGACGCAAACACUGGGGCCCACGCUCACGCAGCUGGAGGACUGCUUCUCCGAACAAUUACACUCUCUGGCCCAGUCUAUUGAUGAAGCUCUUCGUGGUUGGAGCAUAACGGAGGGCAGAGAUGGCAAGGGACUAUUGAUGGACCCUGGUGCCCUUCGUGCAGCUGCUGAGAGUGCUUGUCUGCCUCGUAGUGCCAGUUCGCUGCUCAUGGCCUUCCGAGAUGUCACUGUUCAUAUCGACAGCAAUACCUCCUACACCAUUUCCUCCGCUGCUGCUACCACGACGACCACGUCUCUGGGCAAUGAAGGCAGAGUUCAGCAGGGCAGCAGGAAAACCUCAGUGAGCGGGGUGGUUGUGGGAGGAGAUGGUCAGUCCUCGGAAAGCGUGGAGCCUGAGUUCCCCGCACCUCCUCCGAGUGAGGAGUUGGAAAUGGCUGAUUUGGGAUCGAGGAGGGGCUCCGCCGUGCCAACGCUGGGAGUAGGAGGCCUGGAAGGAGAGAGCUGCUCAGAGAGACAGGGGUCCACCUCCACAUCUACAUCCACCUCCAUCUCCACCUCAGCCCAGUCCAACCAGCAGCCCACCCAGAUAUACACCCAGUACCAGCAGUACCACUACACCCACCCUCAACAGAUCACAGGAGGGCCUAGCCCUGAGAGCCUGCAGGCCCUGGUCGUCUCUCUGCCCAGGGAUCGCUGCCAGGAUCCAGCCUCCUGUCGCUCACCAACCUUGUCCACAGACACACACCGCAAACGCCUCUAUCGCAUAGGACUCAAUCUCUUCAAUGUGAAUCCAGAAAGAGGCAUCCACUUCCUGAUCACGCGUGGUUUCGUCCCAGACACAGCCAUCGGUGUGGCUCACUUCCUACUGCAGAGGAAGGGCCUGAGCAGACAGAUGAUUGGAGAGUUUUUGGGAAACAGCAAACUGCUCAACAGAGAUGUACUCGAUUGUGUCGUGGAUGAGAUGGAUUUCUCGGGCAUGGAGCUUGAUGAAGCUUUGAGAAAGUUCCAAGCUCAUGUUCGUGUUCAGGAGAAGCACAAAAAGUGGGAGCGACUCAUCGAAGCCUUUAGCCAGAGGUACUGUAUGUGCAACCCUGAUGUGGUACAACAGUUUCACAACCCGGACACCAUCUUCAUCCUGGCCUUCGCUGUGGUCCUGCUUAACACUGACAUGUAUUCGCCCAACAUCAAACCCCAGCGCAAAAUGGGCCUCGACGACUUUAUACGCAACCUAAGAGGCGUGGAUGAUGGAGCUGACAUCCCCAGAGAGACAGUGGCAGGCAUCUACGAAAGGAUCCAACAGAGAGAACUCCGCUCCAAUGAAGACCACGUCACCUACGUGAGCCGGGUGGAGCAGUCCAUUUUGGGACUGAAAACUAUCCUUGCUGUGCCCCACAGGCGUCUGGUGUGCUGCUGUCGUCUGUUUGAGGUGCCUGACGCCAAUAAGCCUCACAAACAGAAACUGUCCCAGCUCCAGAGGGAGGUGUUCCUCUUCAAUGACCUGCUCUUGAUCCUGAAGCUUUGUCCGAAGAAGAAAAGCUCAGCUUCCUACACUUUCUGUAAAGCCAUGGGUCUUCUGGGCAUGCAGUUUCACCUCUUCAGCAAUGAAUACUAUGCCCACGGUGUCACCAUGAUGAGUCCGUUUACCUCAGAAAAGAAACAGCUGGUGAGUUUCUGCUCCCCGAGCGGAGAGGAGCUCCGGAAGUUUGCAGAGGAGCUCCGAGAGGCCAUCUCAGAAGUCAAUGAGAUGGAGCAAAUCCACAUCCAGUGGGAACUGGAGAGACGACAAGGCAUCCAGUCACAUGGCGUACACACCAAUGGCGGGCAAGUGGACACACACACAGGACACGGCUCUCCCUCAGGCCCACAGGACAUGUACGAUAAAAGCGGCAGCAACAACACAGUGGAGGUGUCAAUUCACAACAGGCUGCAGACAUAUCAGCUGAGCCAGCCCAGCAUUGAACCCGCGCCCCUGGCCCUGACCGCACCGCCCGCCCUGCUCAGUCCAGUGCAGGCCGGGGAGCUCCGCCCAGAAACGCUCAUCCAAUGCCAGCAGAUUGUCAAGGUGAUUGUCGUUGACCAGAGCGGGCGAGGGCGGAUGGAGGCCUUCCUUAGUCAAAGCCCCGCCACCCACCAGCUCAUCCAAUCGGCACUGUCCACGCCCGUGCGCGUCAGAGAGGGGGACGGUCCUCAGCCUCCUUUACCGCCGCCCCCUCCCCCGUACAACCACCCGCACCAGUUCUGCCCCCCUGACUCGCCCAUGCCUCUCCACCACACCAUACCUCUCACCCGCAGGCGCCACUCCAGCGGCUCCCGUAGCAUCGUCUGA